CCUCUGUUCGCUCCCGACCGAAUCCCUUGUAAUCGUCCCCAAAAACUUUGAAAUCGGUAUCCACAGUGUGGAUUUAGUGUUUUUAGAGUUCAGUGAAUGUUUUAAAGUUACAAUCGUGGUCAGCUCCGUCGUUUUUUCCUGUUCACGCCGGUAUGGAGCCCGGAUGGACCCGGAUGAUCCGCGUGGGAAGGGGAGGAGGCCGUUUUUUGUAAUCGGUCAAAGAACCUUUUUUUGUUGAAAUUCCAUUUUGUAUAUGUAACAAAUCCGGAGGAUGAUGGAUUGGUCCAGACCCUUCUCUUAAGAAGGCAUUCUUUAGGAUAUCUGAAUAAUGUGAAAAAUUGUGUAAGCUGGCCGAAUGACCUUAUGCAGUCUUGGCCAUUAGAAGUAAAGAAGAAAGAAAGAAGAACCAUUAAUCAAACUUGGCCGCAUGUUCCUGGAGACCUUGGUCGUAGCAGUUUGGCAUAAUAAUCCUAGUCAAUUUGUUCAAUAUAUGUAAACCAAAACUAAUCUUGGCAUUUGGCCGAUUGAUCCGACCAAACUUCGCUAAUAGAAAUGAAGAAGAAAAAAAAACCUUAGAAUCGUGUGAAUUAAUUUGAUUUUGGGCAAAUUUAAUUUUCAAGAAUUUUUUGUUGUCAACCGCUGUGAAAUGAGUGAGAAUAAUUUUGAUAGCGAAAGUACGGAAAAUUUGUAUUCUUUAGCCAAAGAAAAAAUUGAAUUCGGAGAAAGUUUGAAAUCUUAUGUAUCACGCCACAAAGAUAUCGAAGGUCUCCAAAAGCUUGCUCGUAAAAUUAAUCAAGAACUGAAGUUUCUUCGCAAAGUUUGCAGAGAUCGAACAUUAAAAAAAGAACAUCUACAAUGCUCUAAUUUAACGCAUUUUUCUGCCCUUAUUGAUACUUUGAGUACAAUUAAAAAUUGUGAAAGCGUUAAUAAGGUAUAUUGCCUGGAAGAUAGAAAAGUAACUGUAGAUAUUGUCUGUGAUAAUGGUUUGACGUGGAUUAAAGUCAUUGCUCGAAAUCCAAAAUCCUUGAGUCAGAUAUGCAUGGGAAAUUCUAGUUAUGGCACACGAAGUAUUAUAGAUCAAGCAUCUGAGUAUGUUCAGUGUGCUAAAUUGUAUCCUUGUUUGUUCCAAACUCCAAAGGUAAUUUUUGUAUUUGUUAAUGGUAUUGGUAGCAAUCUAUCCAAUAAGUUAAAAAACUGUGGAGUUACCGUCGUAGGGGCCCGGUCAGAGGAUUAUGAUAUUGCAGAAAGUGAUUCUGAUCUAAGUGAUGACGAAAAUGUUGAAAAGCCUAGCUGCACAGAUCUUUCAACAAUCAAUGCUACUUGUAUAAAAAAAAUUAAUUUAGAUGUAUCUGCAAUGUUGGCUUACUGUUGCUCCGUUGCAAAUGGUAGUGCAUAUUUAUAUGACUUUCAUGUUCCUGUUUUAAAACAACAAGCUGAAUGGGAAAGGCAGCGACCUGUAAAACCAAUUUUGGAUAACUUUUUUGAAGGAAAAACCCUAUAUUGUUGUGAAACUGCAAAAACCAGUUUUAAGAAUAUUGUUAACACUGUAGGAGGUUCCAAUGAAAAAAUUAGAUCAAAAGAACUUUUAGAAAGAGUAGUUGUUUUGCCAGACAAUGCAACAUACAAAGAAACCUUGGAGGGUAGUGAAGGCAGUGAAAUUUUUAGGAAUGUGCAAUUUACCCCAGAUAAAGUGUUAAAGUUGGGUGGUAAAAUUAGACAGAGGUCCCUGACUAUAUUUUUGUUUGGUGAUAGAAUCCAGGCAGUGACUGUGACUUCCAAUGAUGGAUUUAUUCGAGCAGCAAAGCAGCAGAAUAUUAAUUUUGUUGUUUUUGUUCAUGAAUCCCGAGCAUUAACAGAACAAAAGGAACACACAAAAGCUAUACCAUUUAGUUCAUGACUUUGUCCAAAUAAAUGAUAUAUUUAUUUAAAUGGUAUAGUACUAUUAUAUUAAACAAGAA